GAUGGCUGCGGAGAAGCUGAGAAGUAAAGUGGGCGCUGCUUUCAAAAUGCACGGCUUGGUCCUCCGCGCGGAGGCUACAAAGUAUCUCACAGAAGCUCUUCAAGCAACUAAUGAAGUGGAACUAGAAGACAUGAUAGAAAAUAUAAUUGAUGCUGUUGAAAAACAAUCUUUAUCAUGCAACAUGAUUGAAAGGUCCAUGGUGGAAGCAGCAGUCUUGGAGUGCAGCAGAUCAAUAGAUGAAACAAUAGAACAUACUUUCAACAUUAUUGGAGCUUUUGAUAUUCCACGAUAUAUUUACAAUUCUGAACGAAAAAAGUUUAUCCCCCUUUCUAUGACCAACCACUCUACACCUAAUUUAUUUGGCUCUGCCAGGGAUAAAGCAGAAUUGUUUCGUGAACGUUAUAUCAUUUUGCAACAGAGAACCCAUAGGCAUGAAUUGUUCACACCAUCUGCUGUUGGCACACAAACAGAUGAAAGCAAAAGUAAAUUUCAGCUCAAAACUGUAGAAACUCUUUUGGGCAGCUCUGCCAAAAUGGGAGAAGUGAUUGUUCUUGGCAUGAUCACCCAGCUUAAAGAGGGCAAGUUUUUCUUGGAAGAUCCUACUGGAGUUGUGCUAUUAGACCUUAGCAAAGCACAGUUCCACAGUGGUUUAUAUACAGAGUCAUGUUUUGUUUUAACAGAAGGUUGGUACGAGGAUGAAGUAUUUCAUGUCACUGCUUUUGGAUUUCCACCUACAGAACCUUCUGCUACUACUAGGGCAUAUUAUGGCACCAUUAAUUUUUUUGGAGGACCUUCUUCAACCUCUGUAAAAUCUUCUGCAAAGCUGAAACAAAUGGAGGAAGAAAAUGAGGAUGCCAUGUUUGUGUUCCUUUCAGAUGUUUGGCUGGACCAAGCAGAAGUUUUAGAAAAGCUCCACAUUAUGUUUUCAGGUUAUUCAGCCAUGCCUCCAACUUGUUUUUUCUGUGGGAAUUUUUCUUCUACUCCAUAUGGAAAAAAUCAAAUUCAGUCAUUAAAAGAUUCUUUGAAAGCCCUAGCAGAUAUAAUAUGUGAAUACCCCAGUAUCCAUGAAAGGUAUGUUCCAUUAUAUACACAUAUCCUUUUUAGGCCACCACUUACUGAAAACAUUACCGAAGAAUUCAGACAACAGGUGCCAUUUUCAGUUUUCACAACAAAUCCUUGCAGAGUCCAGUACUGUACACAGGAAAUAAUAAUCUUUCGGGAAGACUUGGUAAACAAGAUGUGCCGUAACUGUGUCCGUUUCCCUAACAGUAGUUUGGAUAUUCCUAAUCAUUUUGUAAAAACUAUUUUAUCACAAGGACAUCUGACUCCAUUGCCUCUUAAUGUCAGUCCUGUCUAUUGGGCAUAUGACUACUUGAGAACCUAUCCUUUGCCAGAUGUAAUUGUUUUUGCUGACAAAUAUGACCCAUUCACUGUAACCAACACCGAUUGCCUUUGUAUAAAUCCGGGAUCUUUUCCAAGAAGUGGCUUUUCAUUCAAAGUAUUCUACCCCUCUAGCAAAACUGUUGAAGACAGCAAACUCCAUAGUCUCUAAAUCUCAAUCAGAAGAAUAAGCCAAAGUUUCUGGCCUUAAAAUGACUGAAGAACUACAACUGUUUCUUAAAAUUUGGGAUCAUGAUUGUAACCUCAUGUUAAUAGCUAAUAUAUUUUAUGUAUUAUAUAUCUUGUAAAUACAUUUUUAUAUAAGGAUGUUCAUGUGUUAUAUUUUAUACUUCAAAUAAUUUUUACUCUUACAAAAGAAAUCUUUUAUAUUGCUCCUCACUUCCACAAUAUUCAAAGCAAAAAUCUAUUUAACUUUCUUCUGAUUAGUAAUAACUAAAUAACCUGAAUAUUCUUUAGAACAAAUAUAUAAGUUUAAACAAGACUAUAUAUAGUAUGGGAGGAAAUACUGGCCCUUAAAAAUGACCGUAUUAAAACAUACUCAAUCUCUGUUAAGUAACCAAGAUGAAAUAUCUAAAAUUUGGAAAAAAAUCAACUAUCACUAGUUUUAUAACUUUUUAAGAUGCCUGCAUACAAACUGUUCACUAUAGUAUUUUAACAAUUUUAGUGGCUCAAUUUUUUUCUCCUUUAUGAACUAAAUAGUUGCUUUAAUAAGCAGCUAUCCCAAACUCCAAUGCCUCCAAUUUAGUUAGAACUAAAACUCCCAGAAUUUAAAGGCAACAUGACCCAAAGUACAGUAAAAAAGCUAAAAUCUGUAACUGUCCUGAAUUUAGAAGAGCAAUAAAGAUUCUUGAUUUGUGUUGCUAAGCAUUAACAAUGUCUUAAAGGGAAAACGUUAGAAACGUACUUUUUUUUCUUUUAAAUGAAAGGAUUGCCCACAAGUUACUUGUACACACCAACAGCAAGUUUCAGGAAUUGUGAUAUAAGCUUUAGAAAGGCUCACACAAAUGGAAGUCUUAAGUUAUUUUUAAAUGUUAAUGGCUUGAAGGUUACCUUGAAUACAUCUAUAUACUACUAAAACUCUUGUUCCUGUAACCUUCAGCUGGGCGAAACAGCACAUCAAACAUUUUCAUACAAGGUACUUCAAAUGGCUAAUUUAUGGAAUGCACUUGAAAUCCUGGACCCAUGGUUCCCAUGGAAUUGAAAUUUGGCAUUUUAAUAAAAUAUUUUAUUCCUGUGA